AUGUCAAUAUUCUAUAGAUCACCAUUGGAUCUUGAAAUAAGGCUUGAUUGCGAAGAUUCACGUAAGCGUAUAGAUGUCAAGAUAUCACAAGAUAAGAAAGAUAAGUUGCCGUUGUAUGAAGAUGGUGAAUCUAUUAGUGGUGCUGUAACGGUUCGUGUUAAAGAUGGUAAGAGAGUUGAACAUACCGGUAUCAAGGCUCAAUUAUUUGGAUCAAUUGAGAUUGCUAAUGGACAGAAAGAUGACUUUUUAUGUUUAAGUCAUGACUUAGCUUCUGCUGCGGAGCUAACCCACAGUGAGACUUAUAAUUUCCACUUCAAAGACGUUGAAAAGAGAUAUGAAAGUUACAAGGGAAAAAACUUAAGUGUCAGCUAUUAUGUGAAGAUAUCGGUUUUAAGAAAGAGUGCUGAUAUAACAAAAGUGAAGAAAUUUUGGGUUCAUAUAUAUUCAAACCCAUCUGACUUGAAAAAAUCAAUCAAACUUGAUAUUGGUAUUGAGAAUUGUUUACACAUUGAGUUUGAGUAUUCAAAAUCUACAUAUUCAUUGAAAGAUGUUCUCGUGGGAAGAAUCUAUUUCUUAUUGACAAGACUGAAGAUCAAACAUAUGGAAAUCAGUCUCAUAACUAGGGAAACUGUUGGUAAUGUUCCUAAUCAAUUGACUGAUUCAAGUACUAUAAGAUAUGAAAUCAUGGAUGGAUCUCCAGUCAAAGGUGAAACUAUUCCUAUUCGUUUAUUCUUGGGAGGUUAUGAUUUAACACCAACUACAAAGACUAAUAUGUUCAACGUGAAAAAUUAUUUAAGUUUGGUAAUAAUAGAUGAAGAUGGGAGAAGAUAUUUCAAACAAUCAGAAGUUAUUCUUUUCCGCGCAAAAUGA